AUGAAGGGACAAAUGCCGGUGGACUUUAACGACUACUGCCAACUGAUCAAGAAGAAGGUUAAACGUAUUAGCCCAGACGAAGUAGAAACAGCUGAACUUUUUGAAAAACUGAUAACCAAAUAUAACAUAAAAAAAGUGAAAAGAGUCUGCCUUCCACUGAGGAAUGCAGAUACUCAUUCCCCAUCCUCAGAUUCUUUCUUUAACGAUCACUAUGUAGCCAAUAAACCGCUCAUCAUAACAAACUUGGGCCAUAAAAUUGGGAACUGCACAAAAACGUACAGCAACAAAAAUAUCAUUGAACAUAUAGGUAGCAUGAAAGUAAGCAUACACAUAAGUAGCUGCAAAUUUCUCAACAACAUAAACAAAAACUUCCGCUACAAGUUAUCGUCCUUAUCAAAUUUCAUACAACUGAUUGGAGAGGAAGAUCAGAAGAAGAGCAGAUUUUCCCUUCGAUAUGAUGAAGGUGGAAAGGAGGUCUGCCUAUUGCUGUGCAAGGCAGCGGAAGGACAGCACAACUUGCCUGCGCACCACUCUACCGUGGAAAGUACAAUCCCAGGAACGGACAACCAAAUUGAUGAUAAUGAGAAGGAACGAGUAGAAGGUGAAAAGCGCUAUUACUAUUACAGGUCAUUGGGAACUAACCAAUUUAAAGAUGUAUCGAACAUCAAAAAAAUGAACCACUUUAUCAGGGACAGUUUUUUCCUACCUGCACAGAUUUACCCCCCUCAUGAACAAUUUGAGUUCUUCUCCUCCAUUUUAAGAAUAGGCCAAACGAAUAUCUUCAUUUGGCUCCACUACGAUAUCCCAGACAAUUUCUUAAUUCAAGUAAAAGGAAGAAAAAAAAUUUUACUAAUUCCCCCAAAAUUUAUAAAAUAUUUUAAAAUCGUGAAUUCUUCUUCACCUUACAAUCUGUUCCACAUUUUGAUGGAAAAGAAAAAAUUGAAUAAACGGGAAAAGCUUGUGAAGAAAGUACUGUGCAAAUAUGCCCUGGUGGCGGAUCUCUACCAAGGUGACAUUCUUUUCAUCCCCUCUCUGUGGCUGCACUAUGUUUAUAACAUGCCGGCACAUACCUACGUGAAGAGGAAGUACAAAUCGUACCAUCAGUAUUUGCGCGUCGACGCGGAGGACGAGUCUGCACAAUUUGCUGAUCAGAACAAAUGGGCGUGGAAAUUCCAUUCAAAGUGCCGAAAAAUUUUGAACCCCUUUACGCAUCUAAAGAGAGGAAGGUAUACAUAUAGCGUGGGGAGAUAUCACCAUGAAAAACAGAACAGACCCAGAAUUAAGUUACACCCCCAAUGGAACAACAUCUCUUUUCGAGACAACUCGAACGAAGCGUCUUCAAGCACACGGAGCGAUAUAACUAAGGAAGAAUUGAUACAACACUACAGUCAUUUAGAAAAUUAUCAAAAUUUUUUGGAACAUCACUUUGGCAUUCCUAUUAGCGAUAUAGAGGGGAGGAACAUUGAUGUUGCAUCCCCCCUGAACGGAGUGAACCAAGGACAGAGCCCCCCUGCAAGCAUUUAUAAGGAUCAACAGGAAGGGGGGUUGCCUCAUUCAAAGCGGAGCGCUCAACAUGAGCAUCACGCAAAUUCUGACGGAGACGUAAAAGAAGGACGAGCGUUUGAUUGGCACACUUGCUCCUCUGCUAAGCUAAACAUCAGUGUGAAUUACUUUUUCAGAAGAAGGAAGGAGCGACUCCUCUUCAGCAAGAAAGACCUAUAUGGGAACCAAGAUAUCAUUUUGGCUAGCCAGCUCUUUAAGAAAAUUCAACAUGACAUCGAACCGUUGCUGGCCGCACCACCCAAGUAUAAAAAUUUCUACCUUCAAAAAUUACAAGGCAUUUUGUACUCCCACCUGGAUGAUCAGUACGUGUAA